GGCGGGAGCAGCGCGGCACCGCCCCGGCCCCGCGGGCAGCCGGCAGAUCCGGGUCUCGUGUCGCGGGCUGACGUGGAGCCGGCCCGGAGCCGCGGGGCCGCCCCGCCGGAGUACGGUGUUCACAGACAAGUUCAGGUUUAUCCAGGGAACCAUGGCAGAAGGUGGAUUUGAUCCUUGUGAAUGCAUUUGCUCGCAUGAACAUGCAAUGAGAAGGCUGAUUAAUCUGCUGAGACAAUCCCAGUCGUACUGCACAGACACAGAAUGCCUUCAGGAAUUGCCAGGACCUAAUUCCUCCAGUGACAGCGGCAUCAGCUUUGCCAUGAUAAUGGUGGCCUGGGUGGUGAUUGCACUUAUCUUAUUCUUACUGAGACCUAGUAAUCUGAGAGGAUCCAACACAGAUGGAAAGCCAGCCAGCCCACAUAAUGGAGAAGAACCGCCAGCCCCACCGGUGGACUAGAGCGUAGAGUAUUGGAAAAGUUCAGCAGCUAAAAACUUGGACGACCAAAUGAACGAAGUGACCAGAUUACUCUUAAACCCCAUUUGAUAGUGUUUUAUUUUCUUGUUUAUAUAAAGCAGAAUUAUCAUUCAGCAGUUAUUUUCUCGAACUGCUUUUAGCGACUUCAACUUUAAGCUCAUUUUUGCUUUGUAUGUUAUUACAAUUCCUAGCAGAUUGUAAUUUGAAUAAUGAUAAGGCACUGCAGGGUUUUUUUGGUUGUUACUGUUACUGUGGACAUUCCACUUAGUCUCUUUCUGUUACAAUGAUCUUAAUUUCUUUGCAGUGAUUUCUGAUAUGCAUUGAAAGGAAAAGAAAAUCCCUGUGUAUCUAUAGUAACGGAAGGUCACUGACCUUUCUUCAGAUUAAUCCAUCUUUUUCCUCCAGUAUGCUUUUGAGAAUUAUAUUAUGGUUGCAGCUAUUAGCUUAGUUAUGUGGUGAAAAAUUGAAAAUAUUUUAUAUUUGCCCUGGGUUCAGAGCAGCUUUUAGCCUGGUCUUUGGACCACUGACAUAGUUUUCAGGGUUGUUGGUAAAAGCACGGAUUGUCCAUGAGGAUUAUACCCUGUGUUUGUGUGUGUGCGUGCGUGCAGUGAAGCACGUGUGAUGAUUGCCAUUGUCAAAACUUUGAUAUAAAUAUCGGGAACUUUACACAGAAGUUUAGACCACCAAAAAAGAGAUUAAUUUAAUCUUGCUCACUAAUAAAUGAUAUGUCUUAUUCAAUAUGUUGUAAAAAAAAAAUUAUUCCAAAACCAGAUUUGUUUACUUACACACUUCAUGAAAAGAGAAAUUUAGUGAGAGGAACUUGAUGGAAUUUUCUGUCCUGACAUGGUCAUUUAAUAAUUGUUAUCUUAACAAGCUUUUAGCCAUGAUUUAAUGUAUAUUGGACAGGAUGAAAUCAUACCAAGAAGUUACCAAGGUUACCAAUUUUUAUGUAACUUAUACUGGAUAUUUAUGUUUUUUCACCUGAUUGUUAUCAGCAAUUCUUAACAUUUCAUCCUUAUCUACUGGUUGUAACUGUAGAAUAACAAACGUGCAGGUGAAUACAUAUGGCAUGUCUUUUCCCUCUCAUAUUUGUGUGCAUGUGUGGUGUGUUUAUGUGUGCGCAUGUGUGGCUGUGCACCUACCUGUGCACAUCUCCCAUUGUAGCAAAUGGGAAUGACUUUUUAAUGUACAUUAAUUUAAGAACAUUUUAAAGAUGUACAGAAAAGCGACACUGUAUAUUUUUUUGGAUCAAUUUGAAAAUCUGAUGAGAAAUAAUGUAAAGAACAUUUUUAUGUUGCCAACUUGAAACUUCUUCCUGUAAAGGUCAGUAGAACAGACAUGGGAAUUCCAAGCCUUACUCUACAAAUCUUUAUUUCUUGAGUACUUCAGUUAUGGAGUUGAAGGGAUAAACUGUUAAGAUGCUUAAAGGUUUGUAUUUAUAGGCUGUAACAGGAAUCUCACAUCAGAUCCCAUGGUUAACAGACACAGGGUUUUCUUCCUCAGGGUAAAUAGCAGGUCAGCUGAGUCUCCUUGUGAUGGUACAGCACAGACCUGAAGAAAGGCUUCUGUAAUUGGAUGUAAUUGCCCUUUGAAUUUCUGUGGAAUAGCAUGCUCCCAAGCAUAGGAGCAUGUGUGAAAAAAGAAAAGAAAAAUAAAUAUAAUAAGACCAGGUGCUCUCAGUGAUAUCAGUGCAGUGCCAUGGAAAGCAAUGGAGCUGCAGCAGAGAAGCUGAGAACAUUUGUCCUGUUGGGUUUGGUGGUGUAUGGGCCACAAACACUGUGUAAAGAUGUACUGGGACAAGCAAUCUGACUGUGCUUGCUUUUUGCCUCCUGUGUAGAUUUAUGUUUGAGAUACUGUUUUGAACAGAAAAGGUAAUACGGCAUCAUUUUGUUGAAACAACAAGAAAAUUAUAUAUGAUCUCCCACAAUGACCUUUUCUCCAAGAAUUUUUUUGGCCAGAAUUCUUCACAAUUGGAUGCAUAAAUCAUAAAAUUGAUUUAAAAAAAGCCAACUGACACAGGCUUCACUUCAGGCAGAGCGCCACUUCUCAUCCUCAUGCGAGUUCAUGAGAUUUACAGCAGAUGCCCCUCAUUUGUGAGGAUCAGUCUCACUUUACUUAAAUGUCUGUAUGUAUUUAUAAAACUCAUCAUGUGCAGCUCUCAGUCUUGGCAAAUGAACUUUUUGUUCAGAGUAAUAUUGUGUUUUACAUUUAAAUGAACUGUCUUUGCUUAAAAUUCCUCUAAGUAAUUGUCCCAGUGAUUUUAUACAAUUAUACUUUCCUCGUGUAAAUUGCUAUUUAAAAUUUUCUAUGUAAAAAAAAAAAAUCAGAAAUAUUUUAUUGUAAAAUGUUUUACUAAAGAGCCAGGCCACUAUCCUAAGUCAAAAAUGUAUGCCUUUUAAAUUCAGAUACUCUAUCCAAAAUGUAACCUUCAGAUCAGCACUCAUAAUUAAAAGUAAGUAAUUGUAGGACUGUAUUUUGCCACUCUUAUUCAUGUUAAAUAGUGCCUUACUCAUCAAGUAGUUGCACUGAAGUUUGUGGGACUACUCUGAGAUAACGUACUAGUAGCAGCUUUAGUAAGGGUGGCAGAAAUCUGGCCUCUAGUGAUGUAGUUUGUGAUGAAAUAUUUGUAUCAUGGUUACAGAUGUUUACGGUAAAUUUUGAGAAGUGUGAAAGAGAUUAGUGGUAUGUGAAGCUUCAGGAUAUGAUUAAUUCUGUAAUGAGGGUUUUAAGCUUGGUUAGUAAGAGAUGGAAGUUGUAGCAACUUGGUAAAUAUGGAGGGAAGCUUACAAUUAUACCUUAGCUUAUAACUUUGUUAAAACAAUGGUAUCUUUAGAGUCUGCCUAACACAAUUAUUAUACUCUGAAAUGAGAAAUCAUAUGUAUUCAUGUAUUGUCUGCAGAUCACUUAGCCUUGUAAUGUUCAUGACUGAAAAAGGAAGCGUGAUGAUUUGAUGUACCUAAUGUAAAUCAAUGGCUUAAAAUGUCUGAUUUAUGCCAAACAAAAAAAUCAUCUGUGCCAUUAAGAGUUUCCUGGUAAUCUUUUACUGAGUACUUGGAUUGGGAUAAAGGGCUUGUACUAUGCACUUUUUAUUGACUUAACAAAAUAAAUAUCAAUCAUUAGUAACCUUUUGGUUUUGUC